GCUGACAGCAUUUACAUCUUAUUCUAGCAUCAAAGCAUAAAAUUUAAUUUAUAAACUAAUAUGGCAUACGAUCUAAAAAAGGAAUCAGAUGUGAAGGAGUAUAUAGAUAAGCUUGGCGUGGAAUAUCGUUUUGGGUGCUAUUCGGAAAAAAAGCCUGAAGUGUGCCAUUUAUUGGGCGACUAUUUGGAGGGCAUCAAAAAGGACUUCGAGAAAGCGGCUAAGGUUUAUAAAUCGACAUGUGACGACUAUGGUUACGCAAAGUCGUGUUUCAAAUAUGGCAACUACAGCUUUUUGGGAAAAGGCAAAAGCGGCGGCAACAAAGGUGACCCAAGAGCUGCAUUCAGUUAUUAUGAAAAAGGUUGCAAUUUAAAUGACUCUGACUCGUGUUUGCAUUCCGGUUUGUUGUUGGUGUCUCGCUCUAUGCCCAAAGAAAUUGAUCGAGAUGUGCAAAAGGGUUUAACAUAUCUUACUAAAAGUUGCGACAUGAACAAUGCCACAGCAUGCUUCUAUUUGUCUGGCAUGCAUAUAUCUGGUGUUCAGAACAAACCGGAAGAAUAUAACCCCCAUGCACCACCUUCGACGCAAGCUCCUCAGAAACCGGUAAAAGAAAGCGAUUACAUUGUGCAAAAGGAUAUGAAAAAGGCAUUUGAAUUUGCUUACAAGGCUUGUGAGCUGCGCAAUAUGUAUGCUUGCGCAAAUUUAAGCCAGAUGUAUGCCCGCGGUGAUGGAACAGAGAAAAAUGAAACUGAGGCUGAAAAAUAUAAAAAGGUCGCUAUGGAGUUGCAAGAGGAAAUUAAAAAACAACAACAAACUUUACAAUUCCAACAGGGUUUGAAAAAUCCCCAAUAAUGAUGAGUUCACAUUAUUUGGGAACAAUUUACAAUUCUGUACUUCUGUUUCCGGGCCUAUUUAUUUGAAAUGAUCGGCAUGAAACCGACAACUAUUUUCAGUUGUUGUAAUUUGAUUUAUUUGACGGCACAUUAAUUGAUUAGUUUUAUUUGUUGCAUUAUUGUUUCUCUCGUCCCUUACCUAUCCCUUUUAAAGUAAUUUUAUCAAGCGAGAAAGAAACAAUUAUUUUGUUUAAAUUUUUGCAUAAGAUUUACUAUUUACGUACACAAACAUAUUUUUGAAAUGGACG